GGUCUAAUUCUGAUUAGUACAAUUUUGUUACUAUAAAUCAAGUAUAGUAUAUAUAUAUAUUAUCUAUGCUAUAAAGCAAUUUAGGUUUCUAGUCCUAUUUCGUUAAUUUGCUGUCACAAACUAUAUAGUGAUACUAUUUGCUGUUACCAUAGUAGUUUAGAAAAAAGUUAAAAAAUAAUUUGUUAGUCGUCCAAACGUUAUUUUUAUAAUUACUGCCAAAAAAAAUAUUCUAACUUCAAUAAAUAAUACUAUAUAAUAUAGAAGACAUGUCUUCAUAUAAGCCAAUAGAUUCCAAAAGAGAAGAAUUCCGUCGAUACUUGGAGCGAGCAGGUGUUAUGGAUGCAUUGACCAAAGUACUGGUUAGUCUUUAUGAAGAACCAGAUAAACCAGAAGAUGCUUUGGAGUAUGUACGCAAGCAUUUAGGUACAGAUGGAGGAGACGAUGAACUUGAGGCAGCAAGAGCUCGUAUAGCAGAAUUAGAAGCAGAGAAUGCCCUUCUCAAAGGUGAUGCAGCCCCAACAGAGGGAUAAAUUUAUGUAAUUAAUACUAUAUGUUCAAUUAAUGAUCUCAUUAUUCUGUAAUGUUCUUAAAUAGAAAAUAUUCUUGUUGAUUUUAAAAAAUAUAAGUGUUGUUAUUGUUGUUUAAAUUUAAGGAUGUUUGUCCCUAUUGGUGUGCAAUGCAGGGAUUGUAGGUGUAUUAAUAUUAUUGUCUAUUAAACAAACAACUAUUCCAUUUAGAAAUAAAUGUGUCAUAAUAGGCAAGUUAAUGCUAUUUGAUUGAUAUUAGAACCUUUUUUUUGAUACUAGUUACAUCAUUAUUUUUAUUAUGGUAUCAUUUAAUAAACUCAGGGAGGUCAACUUAACAUGGUAUCUGUAUUGUUAGCAAAUUACUAUUCCCCAUUUUGAAUAAACUAAAAGAGCAUAUCAAAAAAGUUAAAGGUAAUGAUAAACAAGUCUGCCAUAGCUAUAGCCAUGAACAGACUAUUCCAGAUCACAGUAUUACAUUAUUCUAGAAUCAACUUGUGUUUCAAUUCUUUUGUUUUCUUGUGUUUCAUCAAAAUGUUUGUCUCUUUACUAUAAAAAAUAUAUAUGUACUGGGAUACAAGUAAUAAGUAGUCUUGACUGAGUAUGUCAUUUGUAAGA